AUGACUGCGUCGGCUGUUCAGAGCCACUUGCAACACUCAGCUGGGAGCGAUUGCUACGACCCCGAUGACGUUCUUCCGCACGACAGCCCCCAAAUGCAAGCUCACCGUCCCAGGUUACAACCUUCGCCUAGCCCUCCCCCCGAACUCGGCCCUGGCUCGAAGUCGUUACAUGGUCGCCGCAGGGUUGAGCCCAUUCAAGGUGAUGCCGUUCUAGUAGCUCACCUUGGAAACGGCAGGCUGCCACACGUCGCCCAUACAGCUGCUCUGGAGCCUCUCGCAUCUGACAACGGAUCCGAAGACGACUCGUCCUCCCCGACGUCUCCUGAUCGCGAUAUGGCCAAGUCCGCCGAACCCUUUGAUCUCAAGAUCCUUGCGGCUGGCGCUUUAGCCUUCACUGCUACCGACGCUCCUGCUACAGAUGCAAUCUCCGCUGCUGCGACAUCCAAACUCGAUCAUUCACGCUCGGAAGAUGGAGAAAGAGCUCAGCAUGAGUCAAUACCCUUGGGGAUCAGGAGUCGUGAACUACCCAUCCGCGACGAGCGCCCAGCUCUGGCUGCCCCUGCCGUGGUUUAUUCUGCCGGGGACAACCAGGCGCCGCGCCGAUCCGUGCCCAGUUUGAGCAACGCUGAGAUCACGUCCCCGGUGAGCCCUCCGCAGACUGCACCUGGCGGUCUGCCUCCCCUUCUGGACUCACCAACGUCGGACGGAAGCGGGCACGGUCCAUUGCCGUCCAUAAGAGCGCAACUUGGGGACUUCAAGGAUUUCAAGCGCUUAGCAGAGACUGCCAUGAGUCCGGAGAACGAACUUGGCCCCGUACGACACGCUGCUUCAUUUCCACGCUCGCCCCCGGCCAAUAUCCCUCGAUUACCAUCGUUGGCCGCCGGACUUCCAAUUGGUCAAGGUUCACCGCCAAUCUCUCCUAAUGAAGGUUUUCGACGAGAGCUCCCAUCGCCCGCACAUACCAUACCGUCUCUCAGCCCGUAUUACUACUCUUCUUCUUCAAGCGGCGGUCGUCAUCGGCCGAGUGCCGACUACAGUAGCGGGACGGCAGAGACCCCGAGCACGGAUCAAACCGCUUCAACGCCUGCCCACUCUGUGGCGGACCGCAUGAGCAUUGACGGCCUUACAAAUCCUCAAGCUGGCUACGUCUGCACAUUCUCGGGCUGCAAUGCCCCGCCGUUUCAAACUCAGUAUCUGCUCAACUCGCACGCCAACGUACACUCGUCGGCGCGGCCUCACUACUGCUCAGUUAAGGGUUGUCCUCGAAGCGAGGGUGGUAAGGGCUUCAAGAGAAAGAACGAAAUGAUAAGGCAUGGCCUCGUUCACGAUUCUCCUGGAUACGUUUGCCCCUUUUGCCCAGACCGAGAACAUAAAUAUCCUCGGCCAGACAACCUUCAGAGGUAA